AAGGAGUUAACAGACUUGCAGCGUGAUCCUCCGGCCCAGUGCUCAGCGGGACCAGUAGGAGAUGAUAUGUUUCACUGGCAAGCCACAAUAAUGGGACCUCCUGAUAGUCCAUAUCAAGGAGGAGUUUUCUUUCUCACAAUCCAGUUUCCAACAGAUUAUCCCUUCAAACCGCCAAAGGUUGCAUUUACAACAAAAAAUAUACCAUCCAAACAUAAACAGCAAUGGAAGUAUUUGUCUUGACAUUCUGCGAUCACAGUGGUCUCCUGCUUUGACUGUUUCAAAAGUUUUGCUGUCCAUAUGCUCUUUACUUUGUGAUCCAAACCCAGAUGAUCCUUUAGUCCCAGAUAUUGCACAGACCUACAAGUCAGACAAGGAUAAGUACGGCAGAGUAGCCAGAGAAUGGACUCAGAAAUAUGCAAUGUAA